CAGUGUUUACACCCGGACCCGGCGGCGGCGGUACUGCUUGGCCGGAGGGCCUGUCCGGGCUGCUGCUGCCGCUGCCUCGUGUUUCCGCCAUGUACCGGUCCCUGUACGGCUUCCGCUCGACCGAGCCCAACUCCCUGGCGUUCGGCGCCGGCGAGACCUUCCUGCUGCUGGAGCGCAGCAACCAGCAUUGGUGGCUGGUGAGCCGCGCGGGCUCCGGGGAGACGGGCUAUGCGCCGGCCUCUUACCUGCAGCGCCUACAGGUGCUGGAACAGGAUGUGGUUCUUCAGUCCAUUGACAGAGCUAUUGAGGCCAUUCAUAAUGCAGCAAUGAAGAAUGGGGGGAAAUACAACUUGGAACAGAGGGAUGUCCUCCAGAAGUUGAUCCAUCAUCGGAAGGAAACUGUUUCCCGCAAAGGCCAUUCACCAUCCACUCAAGGGAUGACUCCAUCCUCCAGUGAUCAUCAUCUGGAUCUAGCUAGGCAACCCAACGGUUUCUGUCGGACAGGAUACGAGCGUCACCACAGUUUGCCAAACACAGAGCCCCAAGAGGAAGAAGGUAGCCUUUACCAGAUUCCGCCACAGCCACGUCGUUCUGCUCCUGUUACUCCCCCGCCACCAGAAAAACGCAAGAAUAUCCAGACAGCUGCCUCUAUUAAAAGUGUGGUGGAAGUCACCGCUGGGUCCGUUUCCAGUGCCUCUUCUGUAAGCACCACUUCACUGGACACCUUGUACACAGGCUCUACAGAGUCGGGUCUCCCAACUGCUACUCCCAGCCCCAGCAACACCCCUCCCCCUGUUCCCAGCAGAAGUGCACACAUGAUGAUAUCACACAGCGUGGAUAUUAGUCCUGCCACUCAAAGACAGCAGGAGAGUGCAAACAAAUCCCCCCAGACCAAAAGGGCUGCUCCUCAGCCUCCCAUGCAAACAGAGGAAGACGAAGAAAAGGGCAUCCAGGCCAAGGAGACUGUGCCAUCCGUUCCUGCAGAGUUAGAAGCCUUUGACGCCCUUUGCCUUGGGGAUAAGGAGACAGCAGAUUUGGAGGCUGUGGCCUUGGACUCAUCUGGCCUGGCAGUGUCUGUGCCGAAGACAAUAGGUGCCGAAUUGAUUGAGCUCGUCCGCAGAAACACAAAUCUCAGCUAUGAGCUCUCCCGAGUUGCCAUAGGUGUGGUAAUUGGCCACAUCGAGACUUCGGUUCCUGCCACUAGCAGCAUAAUGGAGCAAAUUCUCAUUUCGUUGGUGGAAAACAAGGAUUUGUGUUCUGGGUUGCCAUCCGGACAGAUCUGCCAUGAUGAGCAGAGGCUCAAGGUGAUAUUUGCAGAUCUGGCUCGCCAUAAAGAUGAUGCUCAGCAACGUAGUUGGGCCCUCUAUGAGGAUGAAAAUGUCAUUUGCUGUUAUUUGGAGGAGUUGCUUCGUAUUCUGACAGAUGCAGAUCCUGAAGUUUGCAAGAAGAUGUGUAAGAAGAAUGAAUUUGAAUCUGUUUCAUCUCUUGUAACAUAUUAUCAGAUGGAGCACAGAGUCCCAUUACGACUGCUGCUGCUUAAGUGUUUUGGAGCAAUGUGCAACUUGGAUGCUGCUAUUAUAUCUGCCCUGGUGAACUCUGUCUUGCCAAUGGAGCUGGCCCGUGACAUGCAGACUCAUACACAAGACCAUCAGAAGAUGUGUUACUCUGCAUUGGUGCUGGCCAUGAUAUUUUCUAUGGGAGAACCACUGCCAUAUCAUCAUUAUGAGCACUUGAAUUCCCAGUUCGUCCAGUUCCUGUUAGACGUGAUUGAAGAUGGCUUGCCGUCAGACACCACAGAACAGCUGCCCGACUUGUUCAUUAAUGUUCUUCUGGCUUUUAAUCUUCACAUUCCAGUUCCCGAACAUAAUGUGAUCAUGGUUACUGUCAGCAAGCACCCCAAUCUCAAAGUCUUCACAGAAAAGCUGCUGCUGCUUCUGAACCGGGGAGAUGAUCCCGUGAGCAUCUUCAAGCAUCAGCCCCAGCCUCCGCACUCAGUGCUGAAAUUUCUCCAGGACAUUUUUGCGAGCAAGGACACAGCAAGCAUCUUCUAUCACACAGACAUGAUGGUGAUGAUAGACAUAAUUGUGCGGCAGAUUGCAGAUCUCUCCCCUGGAGAAAAGCUGCGGAUGGAGUACUUGUCUCUGAUGCAUGCUAUCAUCCGGUCCACAAUAUACCUGCAGCAUAAGCACAGGAUCACUGACCUGCAAGGGAUCUUGCAGCGCAUCAUGGUGGAAGAAGAGGAGAGUCCACAGUGCCAGAUGGACAAAAUGAUCAUCCAAGAGAUCUAUAAAGAGUUCCCCGAAAUAUCCCCUGGGGGCAGCUAACUAGUCCAGGGAGGGAACUGUUCGGAAUAAAAAUGCCUCUUGUGGAUGUCUCUUUCCCAUCCUUUUCCAGUACUGCUCCUAACCUGUUAACCCUUCAGUUGAGGCCUAAGAUUUGGGUGGAAUGCUAAGAGGCCCUACGGAAGAAGUUUCAGCCGUCAGAUUCAGGAGACUGCUAAAGAUGAUCUUCUGGAGAAGAAAAUGCCAUUGCAGAGAAAGCGGAGGGUGGGCAAUCAGGUGAUUGGUUGCAUAUGCUUUGACAAGAGCAGGCCGUGUUUCUUCUGGUUCAGCUGCACACAGAAAGGACAAGGAGCUUGUGACUAGUGUCUCUGAGCUGUAUCUAGGAUUCCAAAGCAAGAGGCCUCUGCCAUAACAGUGUCCAUUACCGUGUGCAUUUCUUGCCUCGCAGUUGCCAAAGUGGCGUAGGCUCGUGUUUGGAAGCAGCUUCUGUAACAUCUCUGGUCUGCUGCAACUAGUGCAAAAAUGCUACUGCCCUAGCAAGGGAGCUGCUCGCUAUCCUUAACCCUGUGCCCAGUGAGCCUUUCCGACCUUCCUAACCCAUAGCUUGGUAUCUGGGUCACAGCCAACCCCCUUUAGUAAGGCAUAGUCUCAACACUUGCUUGUCUAAUGGCUUUUGUGUAGUGGUGUUUAAAACUUAAAUUCCUUGCACUCUGUAGCAACAGCAGCAGCAGCAGCAGCAUAAUGAUUGUCCAGCCAGCAGGGAUUCUUUUGAAACACCUGCUGCCUACACUCACUGCUGAGGCACGCCUCAUGCUGUGUGCUGGCCUCAUUGCCUCUGGCAUGCACACGCAGGGACACACUGUGUAUUUGUAGGUGGCGGCACACGCAGUGCUCUUUUCCACCCUGGGGGUAUUUCUUGCCUUGAGCUUAAUAGCAAUUGGUUCUGCCUGGCUUUGCCUUUUCAUGUCUGGAAGGCUGCUUCAGCCCAGCGUCUGAUAGUUCUGCUCCUUAAUAUGCACAGGUUGGAAGAACCCCUUUUUCUUUAUCUAAUUCCUCCAGGUCUCCAAUAAAAUGGAUUUGGUUGCUUCCCAUUUAGAUCUUUCGAACAGACUCUCAUACUAAUGCCUGUCUGUAAUAUCUUAAUAAACAUGCACGCUGCGAAAGUUCUUUGUAGUGGGUAAACAAGAGCUGGACAGCUUUCCCUGUAGAAGUCACUUCAGUUUAAACUGGAAAUAUUUGAAUAACCUCUAAACCCAGUGUGAACCAAAUACAUUCACAGUAGUGUGCUUAGGGUGGCCCGUCUGUUUGCUGGAAGUCCGUGCAGGAGGCCUCUGGAUUUGGCCCUGCAGCUUCAAGCAGGCACCCCUUUGGAGUUACUGUCCCAAGACUAGUGAAUAGCCCCAUUUUUAAACUUUAAAAAAAAUCAUUGUGACCUUUGAAAGGAAAUUGUAUUUUCAUAGAAACUAAUAAAUGUAGUCCAUGGA